UCUCCUUCUCUCAUAAUAGUACUCCAUCACUAUAUAUAUAUAUAUAUAUGUAUGUAUGUAAACCUAGCUCCUUCUCAACACCUCAACCCAUCUCUUUCUCUCUGAAUCCCUUGAAGAGAUGGUGAAGUUCUCUAGGGAGCUUGAAGGCCAACUCAUCCCUGAGUGGAAGGAUAAAUUCGUUAACUACCGCCAACUCAAGAAACUCGUAAAGAAGAUCAAGCUCUCAGCUCUCCAAUCCCCUGCGACGCCAUCAUCAGAUGGCCACUCAUUCAUGGGCUUCUUCUCCUUCCGAUUACUCGGUCCCUGCUUCCGCCCAUCUAACCACCCAACUGCCCAGGAAGACGAGGAGAGCCUUGCAGAGAUAGAGCUCGUUCAUUCAGGUCAAAAUGAGGUGAAAAAAUUCUUUGAGAGAUUGGAAGAGGAGAGGGAGAAGGUGAAUAAUUUUUACAUAACAAAAGAAGCCGAGUUCUGCGAGCGAGGAGAGAUCCUAAACAAGCAACUCGAGAUCCUCCUCGAUCUCAAGAGAGUUCUCCAUGAACACACUCGCCGGCGCCGGAGCAGCCGUUCAUUCGACGGAGUUAGCUUCUCCAGGCUCACCCCAUCAUCCUCUUUCUCUGAAAGCGCGGCGGAGAGUGAGACUCCGGCGGAGGAGGAUGGGUCACCGGUGGGAGACGAGAUGGUGGCGGUGCUGGAGAAGAAUGGAGUCAGCUUCAUCGGGGCUCCAAGGGCAAAGACGAAGAAAGGUGGGAAACCAAGGGCGGCGUCGAUGAGGAUUGACAUUCCGGCGACGACUCCCGGCCGGACGAUCUCAGCCGUCACCUCGAUGAUCUGGGAGGAUCUAAUCAACGGACAAAAAAAGGAAGGAAGUUGCGGCGAUUAUAUCAGCCGCAAAAAGAUCCAGUGCGCCGAGAAGAUGAUCAGAGGAGCAUUCGUAGAGCUCCACAAAGGCCUAGGGCUACUCAAAACCUACAGGUCCUUAAACAUGGUGGCUUUCAGGAAGAUUGUGAAGAAGUUUGACAAGGUCUCAAACCAACAGGCUUCACAGAGAUACUUAGAGACGGUGAAAGGGUCACACUUUAUCAUCUCCGACAAGGCUGUUAGAUUAGAAGACGAAGUGGAGUCCAUCUUUAUAAAACACUUCGCCAACAAUGACAGGAAGAAGGCCAUGAAGUUUCUUAAGCCUCAGCAGCGCAAAAACUCUCACACCAUCACCUUUUUCGUAGGGCUGUUCACAGGGAGUUUUGUGACUUUAUUCAGCGUGUACGCCAUCUUGGCUCACUUGUCUGGCAUCUUCUCCUCAACUGAAUCUAGUUACUUGCGAACUGUCUACCCUGUUUUCAGCAUGUUUGCACUACUUAGUCUGCAUAUAUUUUUAUAUGGAUGCAACCUAUCCAUGUGGAGAAGCAGCAGAAUAAACCACAACUUCAUAUUUGAGUUCAACCCCAACACAGCCUUGAAACAUAGGGAUGCCUUCCUCAUCUGUACUUGCUUCAUGACCAUGGUGGUUGCUGCUAUGGUCAUACAUCUUCUGCUGAGGUCCACUGGCGUCUUCCCACCCCAUGUUGAUGCCAUUCCUGGCAUCCUACUACUGCUGUUUACAGGAAUACUCAUCUGCCCAUUUAACAUUUGCUACCGCUCAACUCGCUACAGUUUUCUGCGGGUGAUGCGCAACAUUGCAUGCUCACCACUUUACAGUGUGUUGAUGGUAGAUUUCUUCAUGGCAGACCAAUUAACAAGCCAGAUCCCACUGCUGAGGCACUUGGAAUUCACAACAUGCUAUUUCAUGGCUGAGGGCUUAAAGACCCACAAUUAUGACACAUGUACAAGGAGUCAGCAAUACAAACUUGUGGCCUACAUCAUCUCCUUCCUUCCGUACUACUGGCGAGCUAUGCAGUGUGCUAGGAGGUACAUAGAGGAAGGGUAUGACAUGAACCAUCUGGCAAACGCCGGCAAGUACAUGUCAGCCAUGCUGGCAGCUGCCAUAAGGUGGAAAUAUGCAGCUGCUCCCACUCCAUCUCUACUGGCCACUGUAAUAAUCUCAUCAUCAAUGGCCACUGUGUACCAGUUGUACUGGGACUUCGUCAAGGACUGGGGCCUUUUCAAGCUCACCUCCAAAAACUUUUUACUUAGAGAUGAGCUCAUCCUGCAGAACAAGUCCAUCUACUAUGUUUCUAUGAUGUUCAACUUUGUCCUUAGGCUUGCAUGGGUUGAAAGUGUGUUGAAACUCAACCUGGGACCAGUUGAGAAUCGGAUGGUUGAUUUUCUGUUAGCUUCUCUUGAGGUUAUUCGCCGUGGUCACUGGAAUUUCUACAGGUUGGAGAAUGAACACCUGAAUAAUGUGGGCAAGUUUAGAGCAGUUAAGACAGUCCCACUUCCAUUUCGUGAGAUUGAAUCAGAUGGAUGAAAUUUGUUUUAGCUGAAGGGUAGGUGGUGUUUAUAAUUUAAGGCUAGCUUCAAACUGGGAUCAUUGAAGUUCUUCAUGGAUAUAUAGAUUGAUUGAAUGUGCCAGAGUUGAAGCUAAUACUAAUAAGAAAGAAAGCGCUGAAGGAGAGCUGGGAUUGAAUGAAUGGAGCGAGUGUAAUUUAAAUAACAUCAGGUUCACAACCCAAGGUUAAUCUGCAAUUGAAAUUGUAAUUUUGAUGAAAUCCAAUAGCUGUUGGAUGGACUCCUUUUUUAAGACAUUAAUUGCUA